AUGGACGAAUUGGAUGAGGCACGCGCCAAGCUAGGCCAACUGCAAGGGACCGAAAGAACACUCUUCAAGCAGCUCGUAGAGAUCCGUGCAGCCAUGAAAAUACAGAAAAACAAGAUCGACGAGCUCGUCAAGAAACGACCUCCUCCUAUGAAUCGUCUCCCCACCGAACUCCUUUUGCGGAUAAUAUUUCUGUCCUUACCGAAUUACGAUGACCGUUGCAGGUCAAUGGAGUUUGCGAUAGCCAGGCGCAGGAAAGAUUUGUCAAUGGUGUCACGACUCUGGAGGAGCGUGGUCUUGGGAACUCCUGAAAUCUGGAGGGAUAUCGUGCUGCGUUCAAUUUAUGAUCACUAUGAACAGGCACAAUCGUGGCUGGACGUCCUUGUCUCCAGCGCCGAUCGCUGGCGGUGUCUUUACGUACACCAUCCCCGCGACAGGGUGCUUGCUGAAGUCCUUGACGCAAUCGACGGCUUGAAAUUCCCUUCUCUCGAGGAUGUUACCAUCGAUAAUAUGCAUUGGUGGCACUCUCGCUUGGUGGUAACAACAUUAGUUGGAGACUUCCGCCAGACAGGCAUACAUCUUCCGCUUCUUGAAGUACUCAAACUCACAGUUUGCAAUCCGUGCCUCGUCAUGAGAGCCAUUGUAGCACCGAAGCUUGCGUGCCUUGACUAUUCUGACUGUCAUGAGCUGCGGUACAUGCGUGUCAAUUUUGACACCGGGUCAAAGUUCAGCCAUGUUCAAAUGGUUAUUUUCAACUUCUACUCUGCUGACAUGGAAGGUUACCGUCCACUCUGCGAGGAAUUUUGUGGGGCGCGAGAUGUGACCCUGCGUAGUGCGUGCAUGGACGUAUUUUUCACACCUAAGGGUCAGGUCGACGACUCGGAAUCAGCGCCGGCAGAUCAUUGGACAAGUCUCGAAAGUUUAACUAUAUACGACCUUAACUUUGACGGCACCGAAACAUUCGAUCCUCUCGUGAGGUGGCUCACCAAGCGCCUGGAGUCUGGUGGGCCAAGGGUGUCUGUGAGGCUCUCAGGACUCUCUACAAGCGAGCCGGCAGAUGGAACAGAUCUUCAUGACUUGUACCACAAACUGCAAACUUGCAGCAACCCGAUAGUGGACAAAGUAGUGUUGUGUUCCUCGGUACAUUGCUCUACUUUCAGUGGGUAG